CGGAGAGCGGACACCGCGCACCCCUAAACACCACCCGACACGAUACGAAAACUUUUCAAAUACAAUUCGAAUAUUUUUAAUCCACUUUAAAAAUCUUAAAAAAGUUUUUUUUUUUAAUAUCAAGUUGAGUAUAGUGGCAUCAGGGGUGUCGUCGGUUGAGUCAGCAGUGGACCAGGCGAAGACAUACAAUCACAUUUAGUAGCAAAAUGAAAUUGUUUAUUUUCAUUGAAGUAAGAGGAGUGUUUUAAACAUGGAAGCGGCACUACCACAUUUUCAUCGGUUGUCGACGUCUCGUUUCUACCACCAAUAUGCCGCGCCGCCUGUCCGCAUCUCCAGCAACUAUCUUCACGAACUCCUGCCGCAGCAACAUCCGAGCAUUCUUCAACAAUAUUUGGCGUAUUACAACGAACCAUUAGUCCCACUCGAUCUAUCUCUAAAAUCAACUUCUCCAAUUACCCCACCUUGCACUCCUCCGCCGUCACAGAAGCGAAAAUCUCCAGAUGUACAAAACAACACGCACUCUCCGAAAAUAUUUAGACACUUUGAAGAGAGCAACUCAAAAGAUGAAGUUGAUAAGAACCUAAAACGCAAAUGCGACGAUGACAAUUCUAACGACAGCGAUAGUCCUGAGGCAAAGAAACUAAAAUUCACCAAACAAUUUUUCGAUGAAUUACGCACAUGUCUGCCAGCAGAACAAGCUUCGCCAAAAAGCGGCAGGAGUUCGCCGGAUAUUGUUGAAAUAAGAGACGUCGAAGAGCGGCCAAAGAAAUCACUAAAACCUACGCAACCGAUGAAAAAGAGCAAAGCAGUUAGAAGGUUAAUGUUCGAUGAGGAUAAAACAUCGCCCGUGUCUGGCACCAUCAUACGAGACUUGGCAGAAGAUGAAACACUAGUUGUUCGAAAGGGUGACAUAGAUCCGGCGUUUAACGUAGUGGAAGUGACAGACGAAGCGAAGGCCCUCAUAGCAAGCAUAGAGAACCGGCUCGGCCGCUACAUCUGUCGUCUCUGCCGGCGACUGUACGGCGAUGCGUUUGCUCUGGCGCAGCACAGGUGCUCCAGGAUCGUACAUAUUGAAUACCGUUGUCCGGAGUGUGAUAAGGUAUUCAAUUGUCCUGCAAACCUGGCAUCCCACCGUCGUUGGCAUAAGCCUCGUGUGGCGGGCGCCACCAAGCGCCGCGAGCCUGCCACCGACGGCCGCUUCCCGUGCCACCGCUGCGGCAAAAUGUUCCGAAGACAGGCGUAUCUACGCAAACAUCUGCUAGCACACGAACAGCCUGAUGAAGUGGAGAAAGAACCCUCCGCAUUCCGACAGGUCCAUGUGGAUUAUCCGACAUAUCAGCCGGAAUGCCGUGACAACAAUUAUAACACGUUCUGGAACAAGAUCCCUGCGCCGCAGACGGAAGUGUCCUGGGAAGAUGUGCAGGCUCGGUGCGCGUCUCCUUGCUCCUCGGAAGAUUCCAGAAGCCUUGACGUCACGGGCUCGGAAGACGAAGGCGGGGGAGAGGACGGCUGACGACGCGUGCUGCGGCCCGUGCCGCGCUUCCCCUACCCCGUGCCCAAUACUCUCUACCCAUAUUCACAUCCCUAUGGACACGACCGUAUGUACUUCUCUUAGUUUUAUAGUACAUUUAAAUUAACACUUAAAUUCUAUCUAAAACAAUAGCAAUCAAACUAUUUAACUAAAGGGCCGGUUUUAAUGAUAUUUCAUUUAUAUUUAGGAAUAGUAUAGGAGAUAAAGUUUUUAAAAUUUCUCGGAGAGUAAGUACCUUCUUAAAACGUGAACUUUCCUGCAAGUCUGGUCGCUUCACUAUUAUCUGUAUAUAUUUUAAAUCUGUGUAGAUUAUUAGAGACUCUGUAUAAUUAUUUAAAUAGUAAUUUAGUUUUCGAUAAUUGUAAAUAUGUAGCUCCUACAGCAACAUUCCAAAUUUAUUCUAAUACGAAAUAUGUCAAACGUUUUUCGUGUU